AUUGUGAGAGUUAAAUUUCUGAGGAUCCGUGAAUGCAGCACUCUGGGAGGGUCUUGUGAGCAUCGGUUUGGCUUCUCGGCCGCUGACUCUGAUUACGGCCGCUUCACGGGAGGAGGAAACACGGAGGUCUUCGGUAUUUGAAAGCACAGUCUGGGAAAGAUGGCAGCCAUCAGGAAGAAGUUGGUGAUAGUUGGGGAUGGUGCUUGUGGUAAGACCUGUCUGCUCAUCGUCUUCAGUAAGGACCAGUUCCCAGAGGUCUACGUCCCCACUGUGUUUGAGAACUACAUCGCUGACAUUGAAGUUGAUGGCAAACAGGUGGAGUUAGCAUUGUGGGAUACAGCAGGUCAGGAAGACUACGACAGACUGAGGCCUCUCUCCUACCCCGACACAGAUGUUAUCCUCAUGUGCUUCUCCAUAGACAGCCCCGACAGUUUAGAGAACAUUCCUGAGAAAUGGACACCUGAAGUGAAACACUUUUGUCCCAACGUCCCGAUCAUCCUCGUGGGCAACAAGAAGGACCUUAGGAAUGAUGAACACACACGCAGGGAGUUGGCCAAGAUGAAACAGGAGCCGGUAAAACCCGAGGAGGGCAGAGACAUGGCCAACCGCAUCAGUGCCUUUGGCUACCUGGAGUGCUCCGCCAAGACUAAGGACGGCGUGCGGGAGGUGUUUGAGAUGGCCACCAGAGCAGCGCUGCAGGUCCGCAAGCGCAAGAAGAGGGGCGGCUGCCAGCUACUGUGAGGAGGUGGAGUUUGUUGGCCAAUCAGCACCUGAGGGAGGACUCCCCGCCAUACACAGAGCAAAGUUAGAGAAACCUUAAAUCAAUGGCUUCCGUGGACUAUACUUACUUCACAGAUGCAGAUAUGCCACAGGCAAAUAUGAAAGACUGACACACCUGUUUAAAAGCAAAACAAAUCAGCCUUUAAAAAAAAAAAAAAAACUAUCUUCUCUGCUACUCACACAGUUAGUUUUUGUUUGUUUGCUGUUUUGUUUUCCCUCCACCAGCACACCGACCUGUUUGUGUGAAGGACCUGCCCCUCCCACCUCCUGUAUGUAUGAAUGAAUGUUUGUAUUUAUAUGUGCAUAUACUUUACAAAUAUAUCAUAAGUCUGCUUCUGUGUUAUGAUUGUUUACAGAGAAGGGUCUUUUAGUUCACACGCUCUCUGACUCUUUCUCUCAGUUCAUGGCUGCACGUUGCAGACAGUUUUAGUUUUGCUUUAAUAGCAUGGAACCCCUGCUUCUCUUGAACCCACACGUACCACUCCGUCUCCUUUUAUGCAUCAGCUUCAGUCACCAUCCUUCAUCUAUUUGCUGUACCACUAUUAAUUUUACACCCCGGAAAGUCCUAUUCCACCGAGUGCUGUGUCAGCAGAGCUCUGUUUCCCUCAGCUCCUGACAUAAAGGACUUAAUUUAGAGCCUGUUCACACUGUAUUAAUCCGCUGAAACCUACAGAAACCGAAGCAGCAGCGACUAUUUGUGUGGAGAGAUGUUGAGACUACACCUUGGUCCAUCUCUCUCCUCCAUGGCGAUAGCUUAAACUGGCACUGGAGACAGUAGCCUAUUGUCAUGGACACAAUACUCGCAGUCACGCUCACACUGGCUCUGACAGACGUCACCAACGCCAUCCCCCAAACAAGCUCUGCCUCCUGUCUGAACUCUGGACUGUUUCAGAUCCAGUAUACAGUCAUGAUCUAUCACUGAGGACGAGUGCAUACUGUAUACAGCCAUAUUAAUAUAACGACAGAUUAUAGGCCUAUUCUGCAUAUAAAAGUUUUAAUAAAAUACCCAGCUUGAUUGACAGCUCAGACUGUGUCAUUAUCAGCGUGCUAUCACCUCAGUUUUGCUCACCGGGUCAGUAACUCUUCACAUUUUGAAAUUGGGGCCUUGCUGGUGUGUAAUAGCCCUUUAUUUGACACUACAGGGACAUUCCUUGAAAUGUGAUUGAACAAAUGAGGAUUUCUAAGUAAGUGCGUAGCAAGUGUCCAGUCAAAGUUUUUCUCUUGUGCAGCCCUCGAAGAAAUUCGAAAAGGUCGUAGCCAACUGUAUAAACACAGGGUGUGCAUGUGUCUGGGAACAAUCACGGUGUCUUUGGGCUCAAAACUGAAACGUUAAAUCACUGUUUGACAUUUUUACACCAAUCUUAUUAACUGGAGAUUUGAACAAGAAUUGGCAGCAGAACUGAAAUGAAAGUACAAAACUGCAGUAGUUUUCUCCACUAGGUGACGUCAUCAUUAAACCACCUCAUUUCCCUAUAGGCAGCCCCAUGAUACAGUUAAAGUCAACCUAUUAGAGGCAGCAUGACAGGUUGUUGUUAGUACUGUACUGUAUACACCGUAUCCAGCCCUGCCCAGAAAAAGCAGUGAACACACCGUGCACACAGGUGUCCGAAAUGGUCUCACGUUGAUUUUUACCACCAUCAUAAGCUACAACUCUGGUGAUCUUUCUUUUAUCCAUAACAUUCGGAUCCUUAGAGAUCAGAAUGUUGCAGGCUUGGGCUAAUUCCUGGACAGUGCCUCUACGUCUCUAAUGUCAAACACCAUAGUUCAAGAGAAAAUGUUGAUUGUGAUGGCGCUUUACUAACAGGAGUGGGAUGUGUUGAAUGUCUGGAUGAGACAAACGUGUUAAUAAAGUAUUUUUGAAAUACUA